AUGUCAGCAUCAACUAGUCAAAAUAAGGAUUUUAUCGAAGUUAAAAUUGAAGACCCGGAAAUCAAAGAUGAAUCUAAAGACGAAGGUGAUGAAAAGAUGAUGCCUUCAAAAUAUUUUGCGAUUAAAUUCAAAUUACAAAUGUAUAUUAUUGAAAAUUUGAAUAAAGAAGGCUUAGUUACAGAAAAUAAUCCGGAGCUAAAGAAUAAUUUAAAAUCAGAUAACGAUACAGAUCUAGAAGAUGACAAGAAAACAUCAUACAGGGAACUUUCAAGUGCUCCUACUGCAUUUAAAUUUACUGAUAAGCAACUAAAUUUAAUUAAGAAUGAACAUGAAAACAUAUUGAAAUGGUCUAUUGCCGUAUCAGAUAAAUUAACUAGCUUACCAAAAUUUAGGUUAUUAACAAUAUCUUGUAUUAACCUUAAAGAUAUAAAAUAUUAUAAGGGAAACCCUACUGGAAUACAUCCGAUAGGAACACUCAAUCAUGGAUUUACUUUUGUUUUCAUGAUUAAUGAUGAUUAUUCAAUUAGUAAUAUUGAAGAAUUACCAAUUGAAUAUGGUGGAAUAGUCAAAUUGUUUUCUAAAAAUGACAAAAUAACUAAUCAAAAUGUUGAAAAAGAUAAUGAUAAACAGAUAAUUGACAAAACUAGUCAAAAUGAUGGACACCUUCUUAUUAUCUUAACAUUAUCGGGGAUCCACAAAUAUCAUAUUAAUAUGAAGAAUAAAUUUAUUAACAUUAGUGAGGAAUAUGAUAAGGCAUGCCAUGAUGCAUAUGACACUAUAUGCGG